AAAAAAAUUUUUUUUUUUUAAUCAAGACAAAGAGGCUCAGAAUUUCCCAUAGAAGAAUGGUACUUGAACGCAACUCUUCGUGACGAGCCCGGAAGUGGUUGAGUAUAUCAAGCUAAGAUUUUGCAUGCAUAACUAAUUUAUUUUGCUGCAUAUGGAUUCUUCUCGGCAACCUAAGAGGGCUAUCCCAAAACAAGAGGCAAAAAGCAGUCAGAGUGGCUCAAAAGCACCUAGUCGCAAAGAUGCCUAUGCUAGGCUUCUGAGCCAGCACCGCAGCAGCACAUUCACCAAAUAUCUGGAGCAAUACGCCAAGGACUCGUCCCUUAUAAAGGAAGAGAAUGGUCCUAACACGCUGCUAAAAGCUCAGACCGACAAGCCGAGCACACACCAAGGAAAAAGGGACCUAAUGUCAUAUCAUCUGUCUGAUGACUUUUCCCAUUCUUCAUUAAAAGACAAAGGAGACGAGAGUUCCCUGUCAUUGUAUAUGGUGAAAUUAAGCAUUCAAAAUGCACAGCAUGACAGUGAUAGGAAGCCUGGUGUUUCUGAAAAGCAUAGGAAUGCACAAAGGAGGGAUACUGCUACUAGCCAAGAUGGGGAUAUUGAGUCCGGAGAGGAGCUGAAUUCUUUAGGCCAAAGUGACUCCAAGAAGCACCAGCGUCAACGGAGAAAGAAUAAAGACUCAAGCAAGGAAAACUCCUCUAGGGAUAGCAGCCAGUUUGUUGAAAAUGUCCGUAUCAAAACCAAUUUAAACAAGCCAGAACAAGAGGACCCAAAGAAGACAAAAAAAAUAAAUAUGCCCAAGCAGUUGCAGGAGGGAAAGCCAAAAGAUGUAGUACCAGCGUUUUCAGGUGAUGGUCAAAAUUGCAAGUCCCCUCAUGAUUUAAACAAGUCUCUACGGCUCACAGCAUCUCCUGCAGAGAAGAAUAAGAGCAAAGGAGUUCGAGGGUCAAGAAAGCAAGUGUUUGAACCCUACAUGACAGCUGAAGACGUUUCUCGUGGCCUUAAAAGAGGGGAACUUUUUCAGGGUCAAUUGAGAAUCAACCCCAAGAAGUACCAUGACGCUUUCAUCCCAUCACCUGACGACACACGAGAUAUAUUUUUGAAUGGAAUAAUUGCUCGGAACAGGGCGUUAAAUGGAGACAUAGUUGUGGUGCAAAUCUUACCAAGGGAACAAUGGAAGGUAGUGAAGCCUGACACUGAUUGUGAGGGAGCCAGUGAGUCAGAGACUCGGAAGGGAAACCGGGUCCACCCAGCCCAGAAGAAGUUGGUGCAAGCACCUCUUAUUUCUGUGGAAGAACAGCACAGUGACCACGAUCAUCUGAAAAAUAAUACCCUCACCCCACCAUCCAACGACGAAGUACUUCAAAUGACUGCUAAAGUGGUGUACAUUGUUGAAAAGAGGCACUCAAGGGCUGUGACAGGCUCCCUGAAAUUUCUACCAGACAAGCCUUUUGCCAUGUUCUCCCCUGUGGAUCACCGUGUGCCAAGAAUUAAUGUUCCCCUGACUGAUUGUCCUGAAGACUUUAGUUCCCGCCCGAGUGACUACGCCAACACAUUAUUCAUCUGUCGCAUCACCAACUGUCCGGCUGACAGCAACUUUGCAGAAGGUCGACUGGCGAAGACAUUGGGCCAAGCUGGGGAAAUCGAGCCAGAAACAGAGGGCCUUCUGAUAGAGUAUGAUGUAGAUUUUUCAGAGUUCUCAAGUGAAGUGAUAGAUUGUUUGCCCAAGAAUGUGCCGUGGAAUAUUCCACCUGAGGAGAUGGCCAAGCGAAAAGACUUAAGGAAGGAAUGCAUCUUCACAAUUGACCCAUCUACCGCCAGAGAUCUGGAUGAUGCCUUGUCCUGUAAAUACCUUCCAGAUGGCAACUAUGAAGUAGGAGUCCACAUUGCAGAUGUCAGUUAUUUUGUGGAGCAGGGCAAUGCUUUGGAUAAGAUUGCCAGCCAGCGGGCCACAAGUGUGUACCUUGUACAGAAAGUCAUCCCUAUGUUGCCAAGGCUUCUCUGUGAGGAACUAUGUAGUUUGAACCCACUCAAUGACAGGCUCACCUUCUCUGUCAUAUGGAAAAUCACACCAGAAGGAAAGAUCCUGAGUGAGUGGUUUGGCCGCUCCGUGAUUCGUUCAUGUGUCAAGUUGAGUUAUGAUCAUGCUCAGAGUAUGAUUGAGUCACCUGACAAGAAGUUUGCUGCUGAAGAGUUGCCACCUGUGGACCCUGAGCAAUCCAUUGACACGAUCCACCAAGCUGUGCUGAACCUGCAUUCAAUUGCCAAGUCCCUCAGAGCUCAGCGUUUAUCUGGAGGAGCACUCCGACUGGACCAGCUGAAACUCUCUUUCACUUUGAACAAAGAGACCAUGAUGCCUCAAGGAUGCUACAUUUACCAGUACAGAGAUAGCAACAAGUUGGUUGAAGAGUUCAUGCUCCUGGCUAAUAUUGCCACAGCCCACCAUAUUUAUAAAUGCUUCCCUGACCUAGCAUUGCUCAGACGCCACCCUCCACCCAAGACUAAAAUGGUGGACGAGCUACAAGAGCUGUGUGACCAGCUGGGCAUUGACAUUGACCUAUCUUCUGCUGGCUCAUUAAAUAAGAGUCUGCUUUCCACUCUUGGUAAUGAUCAGUAUUCCAUUGCCCGGAAAGAGGUCCUAACCCAUAUGUGCUCCAGGACCAUGCAGAUGGCAUUAUACUUCUGUACAGGUGUACUCCAAGAAGAAAAGCUUUUCAAGCACUACGCCCUCAAUGUUCCUCUUUACACACACUUCACGUCGCCCAUUAGGCGCUACGCUGACAUCAUCGUGCACCGACUGCUGGCAUCUUCACUGAAGUGUGGUCCCAAGUUGAGACUGUCAACAGAGGAUGUUCAAAAACAAACUUCACGCUGUAAUGAGAAGAAAACUGCAUCCAAAAGAGUCCAAGAGCUGAGCUCUGAGCUCUUUUUUGGUAUUUUUGUUAAGGAAUGUGGCCCCCUGCACUCUGAGGCCAUGGUGAUGGCAGUGUUGGAUCAGUCCUUUGACGUGUUGGUCCUGGGUUAUGGCGUGCAGAAGCGCAUCUACUGCAAGUCUGUCACUGGCCUGGCCUCAUUCCUCCAUCGUAAGGUAGGGAAGAAAUCCGAGCUUACUCUUCUGUGGACACCAGAAGACCCACAGAAAUCUCCAGUUGAGCAAGUCAUUUCCAUUUUCGCACUCGUGGAGGUGGAGCUUAAAGCAGAUGGCGUGCCCAUGAAAUACAGUGCUUUACUCAAGAGGCCCAAUGUGAUUGCACCAUAAAUACAUGACACGUCAUGUAAGCAGCGUUAUUGUUUUACACAUGGACACUAUCUUAAAUUGCAAAAGACUCAUAUGAAGUUUUACAUCGUGACUUGAGCAAAGAAAUACCUGUAACACUGGUGAACUCGCAAAUUAAUCAUGGUAUGUUUGAUGUAUUCGAAGUGUGGUAGAGUCUGCAAAGUAGGCAAGAUAGAUUCUAGGUUUUAUAUGGUCCAAUAUAUGAUUGAUCAUGGAUAGUCUUAUUUGGUCCAAUAUAUGACAGCGUAUGGAUGGUCUUAUGUAGUCCAAUAUCGUAAUUCACCCAAUCGUUUUUUAGUAAAAUGUCAAGAAAUUUGAGUUUUUUAAUUUUUUUUAGCAUAUUUUAAUGGCUUUGGCCACAGUACAUUAGAUUAGGAAAAGUAAUGAAUUUAGUAAGCUGCUUUUGCCAAUUUAAACAACAACAUACUGUAGUAUUUGCUAACUGAUAUUUCUUUUAUUUUUUUUGAGUCAAAUUAUAUUUUUACAUAGUGAGACCUGUAUCUUUUAUGUAUAGUGCAUGAUCUUACAAGGGUAAGUCAAUAACUAUCUGCACCUCAUUUUUAUCAGUUGAUACAACAAUACAAAAGUUACAUUUACAUCAUUUUUCAACAUAGUCACCCUGCUUUUUUAAUACACUUCGUUGUAAAAAUUGUCUGAUACCCUUAGGGGGAAAAAAAAUCGGUUGAGCAGCGGUUAUCGGUUGAGCAGCAAGCUACACAUGCACCGCCUCCUUCACAUGUUGAUCGUUGGCGAAAUGACAGCCCCUUAAUUCAUCUUUAGUUGAGCUUGUUAUUUACAUUUUCAUAUGGAGAACCAUGACUAAUGUGCAUAUGGUUUCCUACGUCGUUAAUGGUCAGUUGUCGGCAGAACAAUAUGUUACAUUUACGCUGUUACAUUUACUUGAGUAACUUUUUUUUUUCUUUUUUUUUUUAAAAUGUAUUUCUAAGAGUAGUUUUACCACACCAUACUUUUACUUGAGGAAAUUUGGAACAAAAUGCUACUCUUACUCCGCUACUUUGGACUACACUACUUUCGUUACAUUUUUCCUCUUUAUUCUACAUAUUAUGUUUGACUUUAUUUUUGCCAGAGAUGCCCACAGUGGCUCUACAAGUUUCACCAAUCAGACGUCGCAACAAUAAUCAUAUUACUCCCAUUAUAAUUACCAAUCAGUAACAAUACAGUCACAUGGCCACACACAAGCUUGCAGUCAGAAGUCCUAUGAUUACGCCGGCCUGUUCAAUCAUGUGGCGUCUUUAAUUCGCUGGAAAAAAUAAUCUAUUCGACAUAGAGUCAACAUUACAUGAAACCGUGCAUUUCAACCUUUCUCCCAGCUUUUAUUUGCCACCGGUAGACCAGGGAAAACCAGAGAUGUGGCCGUUUUCAUUUUAUAGUAGGAAAUGUUAGGGUUAAACAAUAAUUCAUGUCUAAAAUGUAUAAAAACUCUCAGGAAAGGCUGGUCCUUCUGGAGACAAUGACGUGGUAAAAUAUUGCCCCUGUAUUGUACUGAAAGUUUUCUAUGGAUUUCAGCUCCUGGUACACCUUCCGACCCCCCCAAAAAAUGGAAUACAGAUCACUGUUGUUCUUUGGUGAAAAUGGAGAGUGGUCCAGCCAUCUUUACGUUCCAAUGAAGCAGAGCGCAUAGAGGUGAUAACGCAGAAACUUAACACGAGCAAGGAAGGGGACACCAUCUUAAAGGAGACAUGGCAUGCAAAUCCAUACAGGCAAUUAGAACCAAAGUGCAAAUAUUUAUUGACUUACCUCAUACAUUUAAAUAUCCUGAAAACGGUUUCAGCCUUGUGAAAACCAAUCUCUUAUUUUGCUUUCUGCACAGUGAAUAGUCCAGUGUUGUCUUGAUUCUGACAGAAUUUUAACACUUUCUCAAGACUUUAUUUAUCUCAAUACCUUCCCAAGUUGAACACUGACAUGAGUAGACAGCUCUUCUCAGAUAUUUGAUUCCCUCUUAAUCAUUGUUAGUUUGACUCCUUAAAGUGCAUGUGACACCAUAAAAAAUAAUCUUAAAUAGCAUUAUUAUGUGAAUUAAAAUCAUAUUUUGAGAUGAUUCGACUACAUACAAAAAUUUGGCAAAGCGCAGAUGACGGGAAAGGAGUCUUUCAAUCUGCCGUUUAGCUCCUCCUGUCAUUAUAGCGCUCUGGCACCGCCAUCUGGGUGAUGACGUCAGCAGAGUAGAGAUUUCAGCAGAUUUAGAAUUCAGCCCAAUGUAGGAGGAAGAUUUAGAACGCGAAAAAGGCGACAGAAAGCAGCUAAAUGUCAUCAUUAUUUUUAUGUCUCCAAUGUUUUUACAGGAUAUUCUUUGUAUCUAAGUAUUUUCCCAGAUUGCCAAAUAAAUUGUAUGGUCAUGACAAAUAACAGUCUUGUGCUAAAUGGAAUAUGACAUAUUAAAAAUGCCUUUAUUUAGUUCGACAGGGCUAAAUUACUGCAUAAUGGUCAAAACUGCUGAUUUCUUAAACCUCCCGAGCGGUAUUUUAUGCGACCGAAGCUAGUCAGGCUCUUGUUAUUUCCCUGUGGGGACUUGGAGACAAAGAGCUAGGCUACAUGCUAACCCGAAACCAGCAGCUUUUCCAAGUCUCUUUCUCUCCUUUUGAAUACGAAAAAUCACACAAAACUACCCCGACUCAUGUCACACACGGCGGUGAUUGUAUUCAACGAUCAGCCAGCCCCCGGCAGUGUACAAAUUUUGGCUCGUCGUUCCCUUGCUGCGGCCCCGGCAGGAGUGCUCGUCACUGGGGACACAGCAGGGGAAUGAACGCCGAAAAUGCCGUAUUCUCGGUGGACAAACCGGCCGACGACGGAGCCCGUCGCUGCCCGAGCCCACGCUGAGGAUAGCGCUCUCUCGGAGGGCACGCGAAGAGGGCCGAGGGUGGUUGAAGUCUCGACACAAUCGAGAACUGGAGACGAGAGCAGGGGGCUCCUCUGGCCCAAGCCGAGGAUAGUGCUCUCUCGGCGGGCACGCGAAGAGGGCCGAUGGGGUGGAGGUCUCGACACAAUCGAGAACCGGAGGUGAGAGCGGGUGGUUGCCUGAGCACGGCCGCUCCCGCCUUCAUCGGCCGGCGAACAUGGUGUGCGACAAGCCGUCGGCCUAGGGAAACGACCACUCCCGCCUUCUCUGUGGACAAGGAGCAAGCCACCUCCUUAUUAAAACGUGUGCCAUGAUCCCAGUAUUUGACAUUACACGAAACACAUAGCUUGCUUACUUCCUCGUCCGUCCAAUUGUGUGACUUGUUUUGCCCAUUCUUCACGGCGAACAGGAUCUUUUGGAAAUCCAAAAAGCCUCACACGAUUCUCCCUGGUGUAGCAACAAAAGCCUGCAGCACAUUGGGCUGGCAUGACACGAAAGAUAAACAAAUUUAUCCGCAAAAUCAGCUGAUUCCGCAGUCCUUUCGCAUACAAUACUAUGGCUGCAUAGUGAAGAUGCUCUAUUCCGUUACAUCCGCCUCUUUCUUCAAUCCGAGACCAUGGCUGGAAGUGUCUCAUUUUUGUAGCGCGGGAUUAAAAAAACUGAAUAAAUCUAUCGAUCGCUUCUGCACGCAUCUAAGUGGACCAUUUCAUUCAGGAGUAUAAAAUACCGUAUAUAAUAUGAAAUAAACAUGCUUCUUUUGUGUCACAAGCACUUUAAACGGGACUUCAACAGUGAAAGAGUUAAAAUCGUUUUAAAAAAAGAAAAAAGAAAAAUAUUUUUCAGUCAAUGGCCUUAAUUUGACUUUUUUUUUUUUUUUUUUUUUACAUUAAUUUUAAAAAAAUGGUAAAGAAGUUAUGACACGUAUAUAGGCUGUCACUUGGAGCAUUAAAAGAUGCCACUCAAACAUUAAGACAUGACAUAGCAUAAAUUAGAUAAUUUGCUAAACACAAUAACUCCAACAGAAAUGUUUUCUCUACUAGAGGACGGGUGAUGUUUUAUUUCUAGAUUUUUCUCGUCGAAAUUCGUUCAUUUUUGUGUUUUUUUUGGGGGGGCCUAAUAUGUUCAUGUAAUAAGUUAUAGUGUAGUAUAACACCGGUUUGUAUACUAGGUGACGUUGUGCUGAGAAAAAAAAAAUGAGAAAAAAUGUACCAUUGUUUAAAAAAAAAAAAAGCAGUCAUUGUAAGCAGUUACAAUAUUACUUGAGUAUUCGUUUCACCGACUACAUUUUACUUGAGUAAAUUUUUGGGAUGAUUUCUUGAUUUUUUGUUGUUGUUGUUGUUGAGUUAUAUUCUUUUGAUGUAACGCUGCUCUUUAAUGAGUAAAAUGAUCCUUAAAUCCUCUAUAAAUACCUCAAAAGAGUGUAUCUGAAUGUAUCUGAUAAACAUAGUAGGUGUUGUGCUCCUUAAUUAUUUUAUGCUUGCUAACUUAAAUAAAAGUUAGCUUUUAUGUGGAGGGUUUUAAAAAUGUUAAGAUUUUGCUUUUGAAUAAGCCUUUAUGUUUAAUGUCUAUAGAUACAGUGGUACCUCUACUUACGAACGUCUCUACAUACAGAAUUUUCAGGUUAAGACACGCCUCAACAGGAUAACAUUGCCUUUUGUUACGAAAAAAUUUUCAGGAUAUGAAAGGGAAAAAUACUUGGCUGUUGCCUAGCAUUCCAGGCAUGCAAUUGGCUAAGUGGCACCUCUACUGUAUGUGUGUAUCCCAGCUUCAUUUGCCCGUCGUGUUCCGACAUUUUUACAUAAGUGUAUUAACGAGAGUAUGUAACCGAAUAAGUUUCGGAAAGCGAUAGUCCAGCCGCCGCUCGCAGCCUCAGCAGGACGUAACCCACGUAGCUCCAACCAAGUUGGUUUCGAGGCUUCCGGCAAGCGCGGAAAUACGACCUUCGCUGAUGCGAAAAUGUAGAAAAGGAACUAGUGCUGGGUGAGCGUAUGCCUUAUAUUGGCCUGUGACGUCACCCAGGUCACGCCCAGUGGCAUGACUUUGUUGGCAUUGUUUUCUCGACCUUUGUGCUGCGCACACGUAGAUAUCCAGGUGCUACACACAGCCCUCUGGCGGUCAGGAGGAAUGAAAUAGAACUUUUAUUCUUUACUUCAUUCUUGGUUGUUUAUAUAAUGCACAACUCUGAUUUUGUGUUUGUGCAAUAACCUAAUUGUAACAUGUAUUCGUUCGAUGUUUUGAUGCAUUUUUAUGCAUUAUCAAAGAUUUAUGUCUGAAUUUUGGAGGGCUUGGAACGGAUUGGAGCAUUUACAUGGAAAACAGGUCUCUACUUACAGAUUUUUCAAGUUAAGCAACUACUUCUAAAACCAAUUAAGUUUGUAAGUAGAGGUACCACUGUACCUCAAAAGAAUUUGAGUUGGAUUAGAAUUCUUGAAGUGUGCCAUAAAAAAAAAAAAAAAAAAAAAAAACAUUCUUGUUUAUGCUCAGUUUAUAACCUAGGCGUUAUCUUUUUGUUUUGCUGAAACAUGAAUGUUAUUUAUUUUACAUUUUAACGCUUAGGGAAAAAAGCAUCCAUUUUCAUGUUCACACAUAACGGGAGUUACAUUUUAGGUGAAUUGAAUUUGUUUUCCUGCAGUGUCAUAAUUAUGUGUAACUUUAUUUUUGCCAGUAUUCAAAGUGCAGUUGUAUUCCUCUGCCAUCGUACUAAGUGCUUGGCCUUUUCACAGCAGCCAUUUGGAUAUCUAUUUAAUUUCAUGUCAUUAAUUAAUGACAAGGUUGCCGUAACAAGAGCAGCAUAAAGUAAUAUACUGAUCAUGUAUCUCUGUGAAAUAAACACUUAUUGGAAAUUC